UGCUGUAAUGUCAGUCCAGGUUUUCCAUGUUUCAUUGUUUUACUGGUGUCAAAGAACUGCUGGGCGAAGGUUUUUCCAUAUGCUUAUUGUAUGGGAAAAAAUGUCAGGACACAAUGUAUCUGUGCUUGGAGUGUUGGCAGCCACUCAUGUUGUUUUGUUUUUGGGUUGGAGGAGCCAGAGGAACAGAUUUCCUGUUUAAGUUCCUAGUGAUUGGCAGCGCUGGGACUGGGAAAUCAUGCCUCCUCCAUCAGUUCAUAGAGAACAAGUUCAAGCAGGACUCCAACCACACCAUCGGCGUUGAGUUUGGCUCCAGGGUUGUCAAUGUUGGCGGCAAAACGGUCAAACUGCAGAUCUGGGACACGGCUGGGCAGGAGCGCUUUAGAUCGGUGACCCGCAGUUACUACCGUGGAGCAGCAGGAGCUCUUCUCGUUUAUGACAUCACAAGUCGGGAGACCUAUAAUGCUCUGACUAACUGGCUGACAGAUGCACGGACACUGGCCAGCCCCAACAUCGUCAUCAUCCUGUGCGGGAAUAAGAAGGAUCUGGAUGCGGACCGUGAGGUCACCUUCCUAGAGGCGUCUCGCUUUGCCCAGGAGAACGAGCUGAUGUUUUUGGAGACAAGUGCUUUAACCGGGGAGAACGUAGAGGAAGCCUUUCUCAUAUGUGCUCGUACCAUCCUCAGUAAGAUUGAGUCGGGUGAGUUGGAUCCGGAGCGGAUGGGUUCUGGGAUCCAGUACGGCGACGCAUCCCUGCGGCAGCUCAGACAGCCCCGGGGCUCUGCUGCACAGGCCAGGCAGCAGUGUAACUGUUAGGGGCCCGGACACCCUGACCGCUGCCUGACAUCAGACCAUACACACACACACAACCUCCCCCCUCAGCUCCGGGUGUCUCUGGGUAUGCACGCCCCUUACCCCUCUCCCAAAUGUGACCCUUCCACACCCAGACACAUCUGGAUAAUUUCUUAUGAAGUCCAUCUGCAACCUUUGACCUCUGACCUCAGAAAGCUGUUCACCUAGGACAGAUCUCCCUGACUGCUUUGCGCUGGGCUGGGAGACCCCUAGCGAGGGGCACGGGCAGUAGAGGUGAAUCACGUCCCGACUGAGAGACUGUGCGUGUUUUUAACUUCUCCUGUGAUUCUUACACACACAGUUCCUUCUUUUAAAGUAACCAGCCAUCAUCUAGACUUCACUAGACUGGGAUAAACCAUUCAACGACAGCAGAUGAAAAAUUCCUAGCUCUUAAACUAGAUAUUGUUGAAGCAUUUUAUACAUUGUGACAUAUCAGAACUUUGUUGGUGUUAAACUGAACGUCCCCUUGAUUUUGUUUCAACAAAAUAUGAUCAGAAAGCCAAAUUACAGCUCUUAAACCCCUUAUACACUCAGAUAUUUACCCUGUUGCAUUGGUCAUGCAUUUAAAGAGCUUCUGAAAGCACAAAGGAGGUGAAGGGGAGAAAGAAACAUCCGUUCAGAUCUUGUCAUUCGGUCUGCGCUAUCUGGCGCAUAUCAGAUGUUUUCCGCCAUCUCAGUCUGGCUUGGGUUAGAGGUUAUCCUUUAACUUAACCUCACCCAUCUUUCUGCACAGACCUCCAACCUUCCUAUUGAAAUUAAGGACAACAAAUCUUGUAAAUUUUGUUCUUAUUUACAUUUCGCAUUUGUUUGGCAGAGACGUAUAGAAAUAUAAAAUAAUACAUUUGUUUAGAGAUUGGUGGUUUAAAAAUGUAUUUCACGAAAUGCCAAAAAAAAAAAAUUUACGUACAAAAAUAAUAGAUUAAAUUGAAACUUUUGGAGUCUGAAUGGGUGAAUCUCCCAAAAAUUCAAGAACAUGUUCGUUAUAUUUCACCCUGAAUUUAAAAGAAUUAAAUUAUAAAUAACAUGUUUCCUAAAGAAAAUAAAGGUUACUUUUGGA